CCGGUUUGCUUCUUCGUCUCUCUUGUUUUCCAUUUACUAAAAAGGUACUGAAGAAGAACUUUCCGAACUUUUGCCUGCGUUACUACUGUCUUCUCAAAAAAUCUAAGACUAUAGCAGCAUCUCCUCGUCGAUCUCGCAUUGGUCUUCUAGGUCUUACCCAUUUUUCCUUUCUUACAUUCAAUGCCGUUUCUCUGUUUGUUUCUCUUCUUUCUGUCUGAUUUUGUUGUCAGGGUUUUUGUUAUUAGGGUUUAUGCUAGUGUUUUUUAGAGCCUUUUUGACCCAUAAGUUCGCUAAUGCUUGAAAGUUCCCAAAUUUUUCCUAAGAGAACAAGAAAUAGUGAAAAAGUGAUGAUCUUGGUGGUUUUUCCUUUUUCACUUCCUUAUAUCGAGAAAGACUUUGUUUUUGGUUUGAUUGAAAUCUGUUUUGGUAACUUCUAGUUCCAUGUAAUGACAUUUAUGGUGAAUUUUGAUUUUGGAGUUUUGGUGUUAGGGGUUUUGUUACGGUUUUUGCAGAGCCUUUUUGACUCGUAAGAUCGCUAAUGCUUGAAAGCUUCUGACUUUUUUUCCUAAGAGACCAAUAAUCAAUGCAAAAGUGAUGCUCAUGGUGUUUUUUACUUCCUUAUAAUGAUUUUGUUUUUGGUUUGAUUGAAAUCUGCUCUGGCAACUUUUAGUUCCCUGUAAUUACAUUUAUAGUGAAUUUGUUCUUUGAUACUUUAUUUCCAUAUAUACAUUGUAGGCUAAGAGAAUCCCUAAAAUUUCUAUUUCAGGAGGUGGUCAAGAAGAAGAUCAUGAAGAAGGGAUUAUUUGGGAGAGCUUUUGCGAAUUCACCAAUAUUUGCUCUUGGAUACUUCACAAAUGAUGCUUUAACCCCUAAUUUAAAUAAAAAAAUAAAAAAAGCUCAUCAGGCGUUGGCUGAAGCAGAGUCCAUAAUAAAGACGUAUGAGGCUAAGCUGGCUGAGGUGGAAAAAAUGAAAAAGAUGGCGAAACAAAUGGUUCAGAGUUGUGAGGCUCUAAUGUUUAAGUUGGAAAAAAAGGAAAAGAUGUUGGACGAUCUAGGGAAGUUGUUUAGGGCGCCUCGAAUGGAUGUGUUGAAAGGAAAGGAAAAGAAGUUGGACUAUCUAGGGCAGUUGUAUAGUGCUCCUCGAAUGGAUUUGUUGAAAGAAAUUAAAAACGCCGAUGGACGAUAUGCAGGAAGAAACUAAAGUGGAGUUUCAUAGGAAGAAACUAUGUGAUUUGGUGCAGAGAAUGAAGACAGAAUAUGUACCCUUUAAAAACUAAGUAGCUGAAGGUUGUGAUGAUCUGACCUUGGUUUAGCCUUAACUUUGUUAGUAAUUUGAUAUAUAUAUUUAAAAUGUUAAUCCUUGAAUAUAUAUCAACUUAUGAGUGAAUCUAGUUUGUUUAGUUGUAAGUAAAAUCAUAUUUAACCUUAACUAUGUUUAGCAUGUGAA